CUGCUCGUUCAGAUCACUCCAAAUUAAGAGGCUGCUACCAAGACCAGCUCACCAUGGGCAGCAACGGCACGGCCACCGCCGCGCACGCGUCGGCGCUGGCCCCGCCGCCGUCGCAGGGGAGGCUGAUCACGGUGCUGAGCAUCGACGGUGGCGGCAUCCGGGGGCUCAUACCGGCCACCAUCAUCGCCUGCCUCGAGGCCAAGCUCCAGGAGCUAGACGGGCCAGAGGCCAGGAUCGCGGACUACUUCGACGUGAUCGCCGGGACGAGCACCGGCGCGCUGAUCACGGCGAUGCUGGCGGCGCCGGACGAGAAGAAGCGGCCGCUCUUCGCCGCCAAGGACAUCAGCCAGUUCUACCUCGAGAACGGGCCCAAGAUCUUCCCACAAAGAAAGAUCGGGUUCCUGAAGCCGGCGGCGAACCUGCUGAGCCUGAUGAGGGGCCCCAAGUACGACGGCGCCUUCCUGCACGACAAGAUCAAGAGCCUGACGCACGACGUGAGGAUCGCGGACACGGUGACCAACGUCGUGGUCCCGGCGUUCGACGUCAAGUCCCUGCAGCCCGUCAUCUUCUCGACGUACGAGGCGCUGCACGAGCCGCUCAAGAACGCGCACCUCGCCGACAUCUGCAUCAGCACGGCGGCGGCGCCCACCUACUUCCCGGCGCACUUCUUCAGGACCGAGAGCGCCGACGGGAAGAAGCCCGGCCGGGAGUUCCACCUCGUCGACGGGGGCGUCGCCGCCAACAACCCCACCAUGGUCGCCAUGUCCAUGCUCACCAAGGAGGUGCUCCGCCACAACCCGGACUUCAGGCCCGUGGAGUUCGGCAACUUCCUCAUCGUCUCCAUUGGCACCGGGGCGCCCAAGCAGGCGGAGAAGUACACCGCGCCCAAGUGCGCCAAGUGGGGCCUGCUCCGGUGGCUCUACGACGGUGGCUUCACCCCGCUCAUCGACAUCUUCUCCCACGCCAGCGCGGACAUGGUCGACAUCCACGCCCAAGUGCUCUUCGAGGCCCUUCGUUGCGAGAAGAACUACCUCCGCAUCCAGGAUGAUUCGCUAGUAGGACACACAUCGUCAGUGGACAUCGCGACGAAGGAGAACAUGGAGGCGCUGGUCGGGAUUGGAAGGGAGCUCCUCAAGAAGCCGAUGGCGAGGGUGAACAUCGACACGGGGGUUUACGAGCCUGUCCCUGGCGAGGGCACCAACGAGCAGGCUCUCGAGCGCUUUGCUAGGAAGCUCUCCGACGAGCUCAAGCUACGCAAGAAAAACCUCAACUCUACUAGCUUAGCUUAGCUUAGCUUGCUUGCCAAGCAGAGUGGGCCUCGAUCAAAAGCGGCAAAACAUGCGAAUAUAUCAAUAAAAGUUUUGCUUGCUUUUGAUCGGAAACCUGAUCUGACAAUGUGUAUCUGGAGUUGUAAUAUUACCUGCCCUUGCAUGUGCAAUCAUGCAGAAA